CCCGGAAAUAUCUGUUCCUUAAAAUUUCCGGUCUCCAUUUAUUCCCCGAUUGUUUCUCAGAAGAAAUAUCAAGAUAAGCUGGUUAUUUGAAAAUGAUGUGGGACGGACCCAGGAGAGGACCACAAGGGGGCCCACCCUUUCGUGGGGACAAUCAUGGAGAAAUGUUUGGGGGCCGAGAUGGCCCUAUGUCUGAUUUCAGGGGUAGAGACGGAAUGAACAUGGGUCCCAGGGGACCACAGGAUCGGGGGCCUCCUAUGGACAUGAGGAUGAUGGACUGUCCACCUGAUAUGAGGGACCGUGAUAUGGAACCACAUGACAUACGAGGGAGAGGAGAACCACCUAGGGAUUUCCUGGAGAGACCUGGAGAAGAGCCAGACUUCAGCCUCAGAAGACAGUAUGAAAUGUCAAUCAGGGACAAGCUGCUUAAUGCAGCUGCUGGUGGUGGUUUCAUGGGGCCUGGGCCAGGCAUGGGAGGGAGAGGAAUGGGGGGGAGAGAUGUGAGGGGGAGAGGCAUGGGAGGGAGAGGCAUGCCUCCACGAGAUCUACGAGAGCCAAAUGACAGAUUUAUUGACAUGAGAGACAGGGAUAUGUUCCGCAAGGAUAUGCCAGGCUUCAACAAUCCAGACAUGGAUGGAAGGCGAGGAGGAUUUCCCAUGGAGCCUAUGGGUAGAAAUGAGGGGUUCAGAGACAUGGGUGAUAGGGACAGGCCACCCAUAGACAGGCCCCCGAUGGGCAUGGAUGACAUUGAUGGGUUUAAUAUGGACAUGCCUCCACGAGAACGAGAUCGAGACAGGGGAAUGAUGGACUUUGACAGGAGGGGUGCUCCUCCAUUGAAUCCAAGGAAAAGAUUUGAGUCUGAUACAGACUUCAGAAACCGCGUUGGACCUCCAGCUGAAUUCAGAGGUAGGGAUAGAUCUCCCGUAAGAUUUGCCGACAAUGAUGGGGCUCUAAUGGAUGUCAGGGGAAGGCCUGGCGGCCCUCCAGAUCAUGGUGGCCCAAACAGACCCAAGUUUGUGGGUACAGAUCCAGAAGGCACCCUUAGAGACAGAGAAUUCCCAGAAAUGGAAGAGGUUUCGCUUGCAGAGGAGUGGAAGAACCGUAAGAAGGAGAAGGACUCUCAUCCAUCCCCCAUGCCCAGAGGUCUUCCUCCUUUCUCCAAAGAGAUUCAGGGACAGCUAUUCCCUCCAGUGUCCAGAGAAGGCAGUCUUCUUGGAGAGCCGGCAAACUUUAAAGAAAGGAACAUGCCAUCUACAGAAUUCCCUGGGAAAAAAGAUGGGCCUCCUUUUGAUUUCCCUCGCCCCAACAGAGGAGCUCCACGUUCCCAGAACUGGGAUAAAAAGCCACCCACAGAUACCCCUGGCAUGGAUCUGCCACCUUUUGGCCGUAGAAGUCUUCAGGACCCUGCCUUUCCACCCAUGGGUCCUGGGCUCCUGCCAAACAUGCCGAACAGAGAAAGCAGCAAGCGCUGGCCCGAACAUGGGGAUCCCAAGCAGAAUCAAAAUGCACCAAAUCGAGUUGACAGGCCUCCAUACCUCUUGGAGAAGGACAGAACCCCAUACAUCCUAGAGAAGACUCCACCAACUCCACUGGGCCAUGGGCCAAACGAUAAAACUCAAUUUAAAGGGCCGAAGGAUGCAUUGCUUGAACAAGGCCCAGCGAGUGUUAAGCUGGUUCCAGGGCCAGACGUCCAAGGCAAAGACCAGGACUACAGGGACAUUGAUUACAGAACAGGUCCAGGGAUAGUCUUUGACUACAAACAUGAGGAGCUGCCAGGACCUGACAAAGUUCUAAAAGAAUCCAAAGCAGUCCCGGCUCCAAAAUUCAGUGACUCUGGUUCCCAGGAUCAGGAUUACCGGAAUGCAUCUGUGAAGGACAAGGUUACUCAUACAAUUUGCAUCACUGGAAUUCCUAAGACGGCCACAAUGGAGCAGAUCCUUGGUGCCUUUGCAGUCCGCGAUGGUGUCCCAAUGCAGGGAAUGAAAAUCAAGAAUGUUGUGCCAGGUUACAGCUACGAUACGGCCUAUGUGGAGUUUUUAAACCUCGAGGAUGCAGUCCACUUCAUGGAAUCCAACCAGAGAUCCCUGAAGGUUGGCACUAAAACAGCUCUGAUGCGAUACGUCCAGCCAGACAGAAUUGGCAAGGAAGCUCUAGAACCAGGGCACAAGGCAGGCCCCCCGACCCAGGAACCCCUACUGCCAUGCCCAGGCCAGCUCCUGGUCGACAAGGCCAAGAAUGAGCACCACAGCCAGGAUGUCUCCCAAGCCAAGACACCAGUUGACCCACUGUCCCAGCAGGGCUCAUGGCAGCGCAGCUCGGACCUUACCCCAGAGGCCUGGCAGCAGCAGGUGGACCAGCAACUUAGACAGCAGGAGGCUGAGCAGCAGGCAGAGUCCUGGGCCAGCCGCAACCCCCCUCGCCAAGGCCCUGGCCCACAUCAGAUGGACCCCAUCUUUAAGGAGAGCAAGACCAUGAUCAUAAAGAAUGUGAAGCCCACCACUACAGUGGAGACCAUUCUGAAAUCCCUGGACCCCUUCGCCUACCUUGAUGAGAGGAACGUUCGUCUGGUCAGAGGAAAACCCCCGGGAGCCAAAUGCUUUUGCUUCGUAGACAUGGACUCCCAUGAGCAAGUGACCCGUCUGGUAGAGCUCCUCACCAAGCCCAGGCCUCUCUCUAUCGACGGGGUCAGGGUUUACGCUGAGGUUGCUAAGCCACUGAAGAACCAAAACUACAGAAAACAGUUUGAUAAAUCAAACACUUCUCUCCUGGGGUACCCACCUGAGGCCAGUAUGACGGAGCAGCAGUACUAUUCAUCCCAACCUCCCAACCAACCACCAGGAUGCCCCCCACCUAACAUGCAAGGCGAUCAUAUGGGUGGACCGAUAAGCUCAGACCCUCUCUCCAAUUCAUCUGUUUCGCACUUGAACUCCAGCAUGACUUCAGGAGGUGGCUAUGCUGAACCUCCACCAGUUGAUCCCUACCACCAGGCUCUGGACCCCCAGGUCUCCUCUGCUGCAGCAGCAGGGGGGUUGGCAGCAACAGGAGAUCAUGGCACUGAUGGCUACAGCUAUGCUACUGAAACUCCAGACAUGACGAACUACCUGUAUGAUGCCACAUCUGGGUUCUACUAUGAUCCCCAGACUACCCUGUACUAUGACCCUGCCUCUAGGUAUUUCUACAAUGCCCAGACCCAGGAGUACCUGUACUGGGACAGUGUGUCCAAGACGUACAUCCCCGUUCCCGGAGGACACUCUACAGACACCCAGCUCCCCAUUCACCAGUCUGGUGUUGCCUUGGCACCAGACGUACAGGCCAUUCUGGCCAAUCCAGCAGCAGACGCUCCGCUCGACAUGAAGAGACCAGAGCCAACCCCUCACUUCGACCCUCCCCAGCUCCUGAACCCCACUCCUGCCCCUAACCCCAACCCCAACCCUUCCCCCGAGAGAAGAGAGGAGGAGGACACUGCACCUCGCAUAGACAAGAAAGACAACAAGGACAAACCAGGAGAGAAAGAGGAGAAACCCAGGAGCCUAGCUGCUUUCAAGAUCAUGAAGGAUAUGGAGCGCUGGGCUAAGAUCCAGAACCGUCAGAAGGACAGCGUCCGUGUUCCGUCCCCUGUACUCAAGGCCUCCGGUGGCGGGCUGGACGACAGGAAGUCCUCCAAGGCAGCUGACGCAGCCUUCACCAUCUUCGAGAGGAAGGGUGGAGACGACCUCUUCAAGAAGCCUAUGGCUCCUCCCAAGAAAGAGGGGAAGGGCUCAAAGCAGUCCAUUGGCUCUCUGGGCCUGCUGGCGUCGGACUACGCAGCAACAGGCAGUGAUGAGGAGGAGGAGGUGGUGCAGCAUGAGGAUCCUCAGGCCUCUAGGAGUCAGUCUCAGGAGAAGGAAGACAAGCUGACAGACUGGAAGAAGAUGGCGUGUCUGCUGUGUAGGAGACAGUUCCCCAAUAAGUACGGCCUGGUGCGCCACCAGCAGCUCUCAGACCUCCACAAGCAAAACAUGGAGAUCCACAUGAAGAUCAAGAGAUCAAAGAAAGAGCUGGAGGCUUUGGAGAACCAGGAGAAAGAGCUGAGUGCCAGGGAGUCCAACGGCUCCCCUGAACAGAAGAGAAGGAAACAUCAACACCAGAAUAGCAGGGUCGGUGGCUCCAGGGACAUGCAUAAAGGCAGCGAGAGGCCGGGGUUAGGUUCUGAGCCUGUUGAGAGGAAGAAAAAGGAGUCUGUUGUCUGGAAUCAUGCCACCUAUAAGCAAGCGGUGCGCAAGGCCAUGUUCGCACGCUUCAAAGAACUGGACUGACCUUUCCUCCUUUUCAGUUUAUUAAACAUUUUGCUAAAUUGGAUGAGUCACUGAAGACUUGUACGGAAUGACACAUUUACCCAAACGGUGCACAACGUUCUUCAACCGCCUUUGAGCUAUGUUUGCUGUUGGUGGGUGUGACCUGAUCAAUAUUGGCGUGACCUUUUGAAAUCGGUAAACUAAUGCAGUGCACCAUACACAAUUGCCCUCCGUACCACCAUACUCAACAUUCUUAAUAAUGGCACCUUUUCCUUUGAAUCAAACAUUGCACAUCGUUCUGUUCUGCUUAACACACCCCACAUCACCCAAUCCCAACUGUGUCCCUGUGUUUGUAUGUAUGAGGAACAUUGGAUUAAUGUGCCUGCCAAACCCUAGCGGAUCUUUUGGACUGAGCCCACCCCUUACUGUAUCUGUGGGCCCACCUCACUGUACUACCAGCAAUGCAAUCUGUCCGUAGCCGUAGCUGUUGAGACAAUGGAGCUGUAGGGAGACCGUUAGGGCCUCCACAUUUCUGCAGUGUUCUCUAUGCUUGUUGGGUGGGCCAUUCACCCCCCCCACACACACACACACAGUACUGACAGAGCCAGAUGAUCUGAGAGACUGGAUUAAUGUGAGCAAGAUGGCAGGUGAGUGGGAGAAGAAGCAGUGGAGUUGGUGCUAAGUUGCUCUACAGACUCAACCCAAAUAGCAAGCUGUCUUUGACCUCCUAAUCAAUCCUUUUAUGGGAUGUAGCUUUUUUGUUUUGCCAUGUGUUGUGUGUGGCUGAUGUGUAGUGUUAUUGCAGCCAGAUCUGGCGUUGUAGAAUACUUGUUGUACGCCACCGGGCGGUUUCAGCUACACGGUCAUUUAUUUUAACACAGCCUUUUUACAUGGACUUAUUCCUUUCCUUGUUUGAUUUAUACUCUGUAUUGUGUGCGUACCUUUUUUAAGUAAAAUAUCAAAUCUACUUGAAAUUGAGUCUGGGGUUUAUUUCUGUGAAAUGUGUGUGAUAUUAGUUUGGAAAGGUGUGCAAUAAUGGACUGUUUCUGUCAGACAAAUGAUGUUCAGCAACUCUCCAUUGGGUGGCAGCAGUGUUCUUUUGAGAUAUGUACAGUCACUGAACCUGAAAUAUUACAUCCUUACCCAUUCAGAUAAUGCAAUGAACUGGAAUACGCCUAUGAUUUUUAACAUAACAAUUAAAAAAAUGUUUUUAUGGAAUUUGCACAA